UUAAUUUCAAGAUGGACAUAAAGUUUAUUCCAGCCGAAGAUGUUAAGAAAGUGCUAUGUUACAAAGAUCUUAUACCUCAGAUGGAAUCGGCGCUGAAGAAAUUCUCCAGUAAAUCCAUUGAGCAACCAGUUAGAUCGGUUGUCAAAGUGAAAGAAGUUAAUGGGUUUUUGGGAGUGAUGCCAGCUUAUAGUCCAGAUGAUGAAGCUUUGGCUGUUAAAUUGGUCACCUUUUUCCCACAGAAUAUUGGAGUACCAACUCAUAAUGCCAUCAUACCUGUGUUCAAUGCAAAGACAGGAAUUCCAGAAAUAAUAAUGGAUGGUGAAGUGAUUACUACAAUGAGAACAGCUGCUGUCUCAGCAAUAGCUACAAAGCACCUUUGUGCACCAAAUCCGAAGGUUCUUGCUGUUUUAGGAUCUGGAAUUCAAGCUCGCUCUCACAUUCAGGCUCUGUCCUCCAUUUUUUCAUUCCAAAAGAUAAAUAUCUGGAGUAGAACCAAGAGGAAUGCCGCAGCCCUGGCUGGGGAGGUGGGUGGAAAUGCAUGUGAUUCUGCACAAGAAGCUGUCAGGGAUGCAGACGUCAUCAUCACAGUAACAUCAUCAGCAACACCCAUACUGAAGAAGGAAUGGGUAAAACCGGGUGGACAUAUCAAUGCUCUGGGUGCCUGUCGCCCAGACUGGCAGGAAAUUGACCCCGAUCUGGUGAGGGCCAGUGUUCUCUAUGUAGACAGUCGGGAGGCUGCUCAGAAGGAAAGCGGGGACGUUAUUCUCUCAAAGGCAGAUAUUUUCAGUGAGCUUGGAGAAAUGCUAUUGGGAUUGAAAGAAGCUAAAGUCAAGGAAACAACAUUGUUUAAAUCCCUGGGACUUGCCAUUGAAGAUGUAAUGUCUGCCAAACUGGUACAGGAUCUGCUGACCAAGAAAUGAGGUGCCACAAAGCAUGCAAAAGGACAAAAGAGAUUCAUAAUAUCUGUAGUGUUCACAAAUUGUUUUGUAUUUAUAUCUUCAUCAAUCAAAAAAAUUUAACAUUGAAUAUUCCAGACAGUCAGUUACUGUUAUAUUAAUGAUACUCAGAAAAUGUAAUGAUUGUC